AUGGCCGCGAAGCGACAAUCCAACAAGGGCAAAUCCAAGUCUUCGGCAAAGCCUUCUUAUACCCCCUUGCUGGAUGCCGAGAACCUUGCUGAUGCCGCACCUUCAGGAUCCUCCUACAAUGCAGAUCUCUUGACUGCUGGCUUCAACACGCUUGCCAAGCUGCGGGAGGAGCUGUGGCCAGGAGUGGCCGAUGAGAUGCCUUUGGGAAUUGGGGCAGGUGGGCAGCAGGCUGCAUUUGAUGCCAACCAGUGCAAAGCAAGCCUUUUUGGGAAAGACGAUGCCAGCACAGUGAAGUACCGAUGUGCCCAAUCGAUUUUUCGCUUUGACACACUGUUCAAUGCUGAUCCCUCAGUCCCAUUGAGACAGGCUUCCAUCAAUGACCUCGGGAAGCGCUUCUAUGAACUUCCUGCCCCAUAUAAUGGGACCCUGACCAUCGCAGUCCCCCCUGACUGGCUGGAGCAGAGUUGUGAUGUCUUGAAAGCAAAGCCGGUGUCACCGUGUGAGAACAUCUUAGCCUUUGUCCUGUCCAUCUACAGAGACAUCGAUGAUGAGGAGAAACUUGCCCAGUGGAGGCAGCAUGCGCUGAGUGUGAAUGUGGAGUAUGUGAUCGCCAACAGUGAUGAACAGAUAUAUUUCCUCAACACCAACUUGCGACAAGACUUGGUGGCGAAGAAGGAUGCGCUGACCCACACAACACUCCAGAAAAUCUUUAGCGUCCUGAACUGCAAAUCGAGAAUGGAGAAAAUCAGUGGGCCUUUGAGCUGCUUGUCAAAACAAUGUUCCAUACUGGGGAUGGAAGAAAUCCUGCACCAGUUGGGAACUAUUAGGUACCAACGAAACUCUGUAAAUAAUGGGAUGCUUAUCGGAUAA